CCUGUGGGACCCCGGGCCGCGGCGGCGCGGGUGCUGCAGGUCCAGGGCCGCUGGGAAGUUCUGCGUGAGGACCUCCGCGGCGCCGGGGCGGGGUGAGCCGGGCCGGGCUCCGAGAGCGCGGCGCCCGCUGAAGCGAGCUGGGAGGCUCGAGGGGCUGGCGGGCACUGUGUAAUGUUCAAGCUCAGAAAUGCCUUAUGUGGAUCGUCAGAAUCGCAUUUGUGGUUUUCUAGACAUUGAAGAAAAUGAAAACAGUGGGAAAUUUCUUCGGAGGUAUUUCAUACUGGAUACCAGAGAAGAUAGCUUUGUAUGGUACAUGGAUAAUCCACAGAACCUGCCUUCUGGAUCAUCACGCGUUGGAGCCAUUAAACUUACCUACAUUUCAAAGGUUAGCGAUGCAACUAAGCUAAGGCCAAAGGCUGAGUUCUGUUUUGUUAUGAAUGCAGGGAUGAGGAAGUACUUCCUACAAGCCAAUGAUCAGCAGGACCUAGUAGAAUGGGUCAAUGUGUUGAACAAAGCUAUAAAAAUUACAGUACCAAAGCAGUCAGACUCACAGCCUCAUUCUGACAACCCAAGUCGCCAGGGCGAAUGUGGGAAGAAGCAGGUGUCUUACAGAACUGACAUUGUUGGUGGUGUGCCCAUCAUCACCCCAACUCAGAAAGAAGACGUAAAUGAAUGUGGUGAAAGUAUUGACAAAAAUAAUCUGAAACGGUCCCAAAGCCAUCUUCCUUACUUUCCUCCGAAACCGCCCCCGGAUAGUGCAGUUAUCAAAGCUGGAUAUUGUGUAAAACAAGGAGCAGUGAUGAAAAACUGGAAGAGAAGAUAUUUUCAAUUGGAUGAAAACACAAUAGGCUACUUCAAAUCUGAACUGGAAAAGGAACCUCUCCGCGUAAUACCGCUUAAAGAGGUUCAUAAAGUUCAAGAAUGUAAGCAAAGUGACAUAAUGAUGAGGGACAACCUCUUUGAAAUUGUAACAUCGUCUCGAACUUUCUAUGUGCAGGCCGAUAGCCCGGAAGAGAUGCACAGCUGGAUUAAAGCCGUCUCUGGCGCCAUCGUGGCACAGCGGGGGCCCGGCAGAUCCGCUUCCUCUAUGCGGCAGGCCAGAAGGCUGUCGAACCCUUGUAUACAGAGGUAUACGCCAAGAGCUGGGGAAUGCAGCACGAGCCUUCCGGCUGUCCUUCCGAACCCAAACGCGCUGGCCGCCCGGCCUGCGCAGCCGCCUCACAUUCCCCAGCCGCUCGCAGCAACUCUUUGGUCUCAAGCUUUACCGUGGAGAAGCGAGGAUUUUACGAAUCUCUUGCCAAGGUCAAGCCAGGGAACUUCAAGGUCCAGACUGUCUCUCCAAGAGAACCAGCUCCCAAAGUGACUGAACAAGCUCUGCUAAAACCUCAGCGUAAAAAUGGCCCUCAGGAACCAGACUGUGACCCCGUGGACUUGGAUGACGCUAGCCUUCCAGUCAGUGACGUGUGAGAGGGAGGCACCCGAAGCCUGACCCCCCGUUUAGCCCUCAGUGUCCUUGCACGAGGCUUCUAGCCAAAGAUGACAAAGGGGAGAGGGUUUCCAUGCAUAUAGCCUCGUAGACGCACUCUUUCUAAGCUGGUAAACCAAGAAUCUAGGACGUAGCCAAACGAAAUGUAACUUCUUGAAAGAGAGAAAGAAACCUUAAGUGUCUCAGCAUCAGCUGUCUGCAGCUUUGUUCUCACUGGGGUGGUAAAAACGUGUGUGCAACCUCUUUUCCUAGUGAAUUUGACAACUUAAAUGUUCCACAGUUUAAACCAUUAACAAGGCUUAUUAAUUAUUUUGGUUGUUUUAAAAAUGCUACUGUGAUUUCCUAUUAAAUGUUCAAUCUUUACACAUUCGUGCUGGUUAAUAUUAUUGAAUGAAAUAUUGCCAGGCAAAUACACCUAAAACUCAUGACGCGUCUGGGUGCUGUAAAAUUUAUACUGCGGUGUGGACAGUUUUGAAAUGGUCACCAUUUUUGAUGCUGUGGAUCACAGGUGAGUGGUAGGUUUUGCAUAGGGGAUGUUAUUGGACUGUUAGGGUUGUGGGUUGUGCUGGGGUGGAGAAAGGGGGGAAAUGAGAAAUCAAACAGUCGUAUCUCAGACGUUGGUUUGUAAAAGCUUAAUCAAGACCUGGCAGACGUCAUUGCUUUAUUCAGUGAAAAUUAUUUGGUAUGAAAUUUCUGGAAGGUCUGAUUUGCUUGUCAAAGUUUUGUAAAUAGGUCUCCAUUUCUGUAUGUGGAUCAGCGAACGACCUCAAGUUUAUAUGUAAAGACAUGCAGCCCUUAGUCAUGUGAUCAUAGCCUUUGCUUUUUGUCACUAAUACCCUAUAUUCAAGUGCCUGUGUUUUUCCAUCUUGUCGAGGAAUGUUUUGAGAUGAAUGUGCUCAGAAGGCCUACAUGUGAUUGGUUUUAAACAGUUGGGAGAAAAUUAAUUUUCAGUAGCAUAGUUUAACAUAUUAAAUAAGAAACCAUUUUGUUUUAGACCAGAAUGUUGUUACUCUCCUGUCUGUGCAAUAUAUCUGUUUUAGAACACAGAUCUGAGUAGACAUUUAAUCAUGGGCUGUCACAGAUGUGAGCGCCUCUCGAAAAAAAUCAUUAGUUUUGGGUGUUGAGUAACAGACCAGUUUGACCAAGUACUGUUUUUAACGGUUCAGUCUUAAACAUUUGCUUUAAGAAAAUAGUCUUGAAUUUCACAUGCUGCUAUUUGUAUGCUGUUUUGCCAUAUUACAAGUACUGUCUUGUUUUGAAUUCGUGCAUGUCACCAUUUCUGCUCUUCAUUUUCUAAGUGACUUCUUUGGAAAAGAGAUUUCUUACUAGGGUGGUGGGGUCCAGAGGUUACUAUCUCUUACACCAGAAUUAUAACAUCAGUUUAAAAAUCCGGGUGCAUAAGGAAUGCACCACUCAACAUUUUCGUUCAUAAGCUAAUAUUUUAAAAACUUAUACGUAGAUCGUUUCUUUUUUGCAGCUGCAUUUGAAAAUAGAAUGGUAGAAUGAAAGGUUUGAAGUAGUUACCACACUUUCAGCAAACUCUUAGCUUCUUUUUCAUGAACACACCGUGGACAGUUGGCAGUAUUUGGGAACCUAAUGCUGUUUUUGUUGGUACAGCUUCCAUGUUGCAUGUUUGUUUUAAUAUUUUGGUAUUGGUAUUUGAUAUAUUUCAUAGUGGCAAAAUAUUAGCUCUAUUUUGGAACUUUUUAUAGAACUACCCUUGUAUUUAGUAGCGUAGGAAAAUGUUCUUGCGAUUGUCAGGGUCUCCUAAUAUUUAUCUCAAUACUUUUAUAAUUCUAUGAAAAUUAUUUAAUUAUUUUAAAACUUAUACUUUUCUUGUAAAUAUGUCGCAUCUGGAUUGUCAGAAGUUACUUUGAAGACCUUAAUAUUUGCUGCAUUUUUCCUCCUGUAUAUAUAACAUGUCUCCUUUCAGAAUGGGAAUAUGUGUGUGUACUUCCCAGUGUUUACGUCUGAUAUCUUUAUAUGUCCAACUGUUAAAAACUGUAAUAAUGACUUGAGAAUAAACUGCUCAGAAUUAAUUGUAA